UGUGUGUGUGUGUGUAUGAGUGUGUAUGAGUGUGUGUGUGAGCGGUAAAGACAUGGCGGAGCUGUCCAUCGCCCCGGGUCAGGUGUAUGUAGAGGUGGAGUACGACUACGAGUACAAGUCCCGCGAGCGCCAGAUCAGCAUCCGCCAGGGGGACUGCUUCCUGCUGCUGCGGAAGACCAACGACGACUGGUGGCAGGUGCGCCCGGAGGGCGGGGGCCGCGCCUUCUACGUGCCCGCCCAGUACGUCCGCGAGGCCCGCCGCGCCCUGAUGCCACCCCCCAAACCCCUGCUGCCCCCGCCGCCCAUCGCCACGCGCCGGUCAGCCUCCCUCAAGGAGCGAACACACACACUCACACUCACACCCGCGCCCAAUCAAGCGGGCAGCCCCGUGCCCAGCCCUGUGCCCAGCCCCACGGCCAGCCCCGCAGACAGGGUGGCGCUCCUGCCCCCUACUGGCAGCGCAGGGGUGGUGCAGCCGCCUUUGAAGCACGGAUCCCUGCCACGCAAGCGCGCCACAUCACCUCAACGACCUGUGCCCGACACGGAGGGAGAGAAAGAGGAGGAGCGGGAGAGGAGAAGAGGAGGAGGAGACGGAGGAGGAGAGAGAGAGGAGGAGAGGGAGAGGAGAAGAGGAGAAGAGAGCAGGAUAGACUCGUCAUCUGGAGAUGAGCUCAGUAGCAGCUCCACCGAGCUCCUACAGGCGUGUCCCGCUGGGGGCCAGAGGCCUGACUCUCCGGUCUACACUAACCUGGCGGAGCUGAAGCUCAGCAGCUCAUCGCUGCCCCCUGCGCCCAGCUCCCCGCCACUGCACACGCAGGGCUCCUGGGAGACGCACCUGCACCACAGCGGGCGCAACUUCUACUACAACACACACACACACGAGCGCAGCUGGAAGCCCCCCUUCCGAAUAAACUCUGUGAACUUCCAUCCCUGA